AUGAACAACGAAAUAGAUGAAGAGAAAAUACUGAAUUAUAGCCCCAUAACGAAAAGUUUGUACAUGAAACUAAAUAACCCUAUAGGUCCUCACCUAAAUGUAGAACACUCCGUACCAUCUAGCGAGAAGAAGAAAAAGUUAAAUCACAGAUUAAGUUUUAGCAGCUUUUCAAAUACAACAUGCAGUGAUAUAUUAAAAUUAAAUAAUUAUUUACGCAUAGAAAAUAAUAUAUUGUUGUUAACCUUGAAUAAUUAUUCAUUCAAAGUAGGUUUAGUAAACAAGUUAGACUAUAAACUACAAAGUUUGCGAUUGCCUCAAAUGGAGAUAGUAGAACCAUGGAGAGAAUUAGGGUAUGAUUACCCACCUUAUAAAAAUUAUGAUAUUAUUGAAGAAUCAAUUUAUCAUUCAUUUAGUAAUAUAUAUAAAAUAAAUUUAAAAAAUAAAGAUUUAUUUAUUCCAUUUAGUAGUAGAAAUUCCAUGAAUGAUUUUGCUACCAUUGGAGAUAUUCUAUUUGACACAUUUCAAGUGCACAGUAUUGCGUUUAAGGAACCUUCCUUUGUGUCUUCUCUCAUUAUAUUGGAUGAAUUGAAAAAGAAGGUUUGUGCUUCUUUCUAUAAGGAUGAUAACAAAGAAAACCCAAUGUCUUACACUUGUAGGGUAGGUUGCAUCAACAGAGGGGAGGCAGAGGAACAAGUUGAUUUCACAGGUGAGGGACAAAUAUAUCGGGGGGAAGACAACCAAGUAAGGAGUUCCACAGAUGAGGAGGUAAACUGUUGUGGGGGCGACAACCAAGUAAGAUAUGCCAUAGGAGAGGGGGUAAAAUACGCGGAGGAAAGACAAACCGAAUGCAAAUCAUAUGAGGAGAAAACCUGUGCAGGGAAAAAAAAGGACGGAGACAAAAAAUAUUCAAGUGAAUGGAUUUCCGAAUUAAAGGAGUUAAAUCUAUUCAAUUUUAUUGCUGUUAUUGUAAAUAUUGGAAGCACUAAAUGUUCGUGUACACCUAUAAUAAACGGAAUUCCUUUACCUGAUCUAACAAAUAUUUAUUACAUAGGAGGAUAUGAUAUAGACAAUCAGAUAUUAGAUGAAAUGAAAAAAAAUGAAAUGCAUCAAAAGGAUGUUUCUAUAGAUAUUGCAAAAGUGGCUAAAGAUAAACGUGUGUUCACCCCAAAAAAUAAAGAAGAGUGUGCAUAUUUAUCUCUACUAUAUAAUAGGAAUCCAAAAAAUUAUUUAAUUAAUUCGUUUGAGUUAAAUUUUAAUAAAAUAUUUGCUUCAGCUGUUAAUUCAACAGAAAUAUUUUUCUCACAAUAUCAUUUAGAAACAUAUUUAAAAACAGAGUCAUAUAAGAAUUUACACAAAUAUGAUCUUAAUUUUAAUUUCAUUUUUACUCAAACUACUCUACCUUCACAAAUAUAUAAAACAAUUCAAGCAUGUCCUAUUGAUUACAGAAAAGAAUUGUUUAGAAAUAUUUAUAUUACUGGAGGUACUAGUAUUAUAAGAGGUUUUAGAGAAAGAUUACAAAAUGAGCUAUAUGAACUACUUAAGAACCAAAAUUUUUACAAUAAAACAGUAAUUAAUGUACAUGUUUUAAAAAGGAAACUAUUACAGAAAUAUGCUAUAUAUUCCGGGGCACAUUACUUCUUGGAACAUUUCAAUUAUUACAAUUACAACGUGACAAAACAGGAUUACGAAGAGUACGGAGAAAGUAUACUCGAAAAGUUUAGCUUACAGGGGAAAUUACUGUAUUAG